AGUUUUUGCAAAUUAAACCUAAAGAAUAAAAAUAUAGAAACUCCACACACUGAAAAUCCGAUCGGCGACGAUACACAUGAGAUAAACAACCAAAACCCUUAAAGCCCUAACCCCUUCCGCCACCACCUCAAUCGGAUCUCCGCCGCAAUGAGCAGAACGACGGCCUUGUGCCGCCUCCUCCUCCGCCGCCGCACUCUCUGCUCCACCCCGAGAUACUCUCCUCCUCCGCCAAGCCCCAUUUUCGCCACUCAAAUCACUCGAAAUUACAGCUCCAACUUCAGCGAUUUAUCCCCGAACGCGCGUUUGGCCGCCGCGAACCGCGCGUUCGACGAGAUCGAAGCUGCAGCGGCCAGCGAGAGGAGGCGGGAGAGGGAGGCGAAGAUAAGAGCGGGGAUUGCAGUCGACGAUGAAGAGGAGGAAGAGGAUUACCUGGGGGUUGGUCCGCUUAUUGAGAAAUACGAGAAGCAGAAUGCAAAAGAUAAGCCGUCCGAACUGAAUAGGCACGAGGAGCCGACUGAUUCUGAUUCUGAACCAGAAGAUGAGGAAGCGAUAAACAUGCGUUCGGAUAUGUUUCAGAAGAAGUUCGACCAAUUUGAGAAAUUCCUUGAUAAAUUUUCUAAGGCUGAGACCUUUGAUGAUGCAUUCAAAUGGAUGAAAAUAAUUGAUGAAUUUGAGGAGAAACAUUUCGCGUUGAAGGUGGAGUAUCGGGUGAUAGGGGAGUUGAUGAAUAAGUUGAGAGUAGCUGAAGGAAAGGAGAAAUUUCUUCUUCAGGUGAAGUUGAAUAGGGCAUUGAGAAUGGCAGAGGCGAGGGAUGCCUUUGAUCCAAAUGAUCCAGCCAAUUAUGGGAUCAUCGAGCGUGAGGAUGAUGGUGGAUCUGUUGAUCAUGAGGAGGAUCGUGAGAAGGAGGAGGAUAAAGAAACUAAAGAAAGUGAAGAGAAAAUUGGUUUAUUCGAGUUUGAUAAUCUGAAACAGAAGGAUAAUAAAUAUAUGGAAAGGAUCAAUGAAAUAGAUAAAAAACUUGAGGAGAAACUGGCAGUGUUGGAUUAUACUUUUGGAAGGAAGGGGAAACUAUUGGAGGAGGAAAUUAGAGAUCUUGCGGAAGAGAGGAACGCAUUGAUCGAACAGAAGAGACAGCCUCUUUAUAGGAAGGGAUUUGAUGUUAGGCUGGUCGAUGUGAAUAGAACGUGUAAAGUUACAAAGGGUGGACAAGUUAUCAAAUACACUGCAAUGUUAGCUUGUGGGAACUACAAUGGUGUUAUUGGUUUUGCUAAAGCAAAGGCUCCUGCAGUUCCGCUUGCGCUUCAAAAGGCAUAUGAGAAGUGCUUUCAGAAUCUGCACUAUGUAGAGCGGCAUGAGGAUCAUACAAUUGCACAUGCAAUUCAGACAUCGUAUAAAAAGACUAAGGUGUAUCUUUGGCCAGCUCCUACACAAUCAGGGAUGAAGGCAGGCAAAACUGUGGAGUUGAUUCUUAACUUAGCUGGUUACAGGAAUGUGAAAUCAAAGGUUGUUGGUUCAAGGAAUCCCCACAACACUGUGAAGGCUCUCUUCAAGGCAUUAAAUGCGAUUGAAACUCCCAAAGAUGUUCAGGAAAAGUUUGGCCGAACUGUGGUUGAAUCAUAUCUACUGUGAUAGGUUUAUAAAGAAACAAUAUUAUCUGUGGAUAGAUUAAUCUCUUGAGCAUUUGGGAUGGCCAAGCUGUUAUUUUCUGAAUCGACGUUAUUUAAUAGGGAAAACAAACGCAGCAGUGCCGGUGGCAGAAAGAUGCUGAAAGGAGAACUACUUUGCUUUUCCUUUUGAAAUGUGGAAUCAUAAUUGCUGAAACUGAGGGAGCCAGGAGCAUAAUCAAAUGAGUUUGGAUCAAUAAAAUGCUUUUAGUUUUGCAUAGUGGCCUAUUUAUACUAAAAUGUAGCUCGUGUUCCAUCAUUUUUCUUGAUGCAGUUGCAUAUUUUAGUUGAUUAUAGCACAUGUUGAUUGUGGUUUUAGGCUUAUGCUCUCUCUCUCAUGAAUUGUGUUGAGGAUAGGAAAUAACGUUGAUAUGGGCACUUAAUUUCAAAGAUUUAGAUUCCAUUCCACAGCUUCACUUGGUGUAGUUCUGUAGCCGCUCUUUUAAAUAUGUACUAUUUUCCUUCAAAUUAU